UAACCUCAACUUAAAAAGAGAACAAGUAAAGAAGAGAGAAAGGAAGAAGAAACUAACGAAAGAAGCCAAAAAAAAAAGUUCUAAAAAUGGAGAAGAAGAAUGUGUUUGUGUUGUAUAUGAUCUUGUUACUAGUGGUAUCGUCAUUGAUGCUUGAGAGAGUUGAUUGCAGAGCUCUACGAUCGAAGCCGUUGAGAGAUAUUAAAGGACAUGAUCAUCAAUCCUCAGCGACCAUGAAGGUGAAGAACAGCUCGACAAGACAACGUACUGUGGGGAAGAGUUUUGCUUACCGGUUAGCGUCCGGGCCGAGCAGAAGGGGACGUGGUCACUAAUCAACAAUUGUCACUUUUUUUUCUUUUUCUCUUCCAAUGUUUUUUUUCUGGUCUUUUUGUUAGAUAUUUUUUAAUGUGUAAAUCAAAAGUUUUGUUUUAGCCAAAGAAAAGAAAAGAAUAGGUACAUUCUUUCAAAGAGAAUUAUCGUGUAACAGUGAGUUCCUAGCUUUCUCGAUGUAAAUAUUUGAUUAUUUUAUUCUUUCCAAAUGGAAUAGUAAUAGUAAUGGUAAAACAAUGUUUCAUAUU